UUUUGACCUUUCUCACAAUUAAUUUAGCGAGUCAAAGAGCUAGAGAAAGAGAUGACAAGCGGUGGCUUGUCUUUGGACCAUCCCUGGUCAUUAUUCUUUGGCAUCUUAGGAAAUAUCAUAUCAUUCAUGGUGUUUCUUUCUCCACUGCCAACAUUCUAUCGUGUGCAUAAAAACAAAACAACAGAGGGUUUUCAAUCAGUACCAUAUGUGGUGGCAUUAUUCAGCUCUAUGCUUUGGAUCUAUUAUGCAUUUAUUAAGACCAAUACAUAUCUUCUAGUCUCAAUUAACGCAUUUGGUUGUCUGAUUGAGACCUUUUAUAUUGUCAUCUUCCUUAUUUAUGCACCAAAAAAAGCUAAGAUAGACACAGCCAAGUUAAUCUUGCUAUUAAAUGUUGGGCUAUUCUCUAUCAUUGUUCUUUGUACUCUCCUCCUCUUCGAAGGCCCCGAUCGUCUCAGAACUUUAGGUUGGAUCUGUGUGAGCUUCUCAAUUAGCGUCUUCGCGGCUCCUCUAAGCAUCAUCAGGCUGGUGGUUCGUACAAAGAGUGUAGAGUUCAUGCCAUUCUUCUUAUCAUUUUUCCUCACCUUGAGUGCUGUUGUGUGGUUAUGCUACGGACUAUUCAGCAAAGACAUUUAUGUUGCUCUCCCGAAUGUGGUCGGAUUCGCAUUUGGUGCGGCUCAAAUUAUAGUUUACAUAAUCUACAAAGACUCGAAGAAGGUUUCUAAUAGUUUGGGAGAUGAGGAGAUGGUUUCUGAAUCGGCUCUUGUUUCUGAGAAGACUGUUAACGAGGGCAAGACUGAGCCGAAGGAAGACAAUGAGAUUUGCCAAGUGUAA